CGCUCGUGGCGAGUGGACUCAUUCGUCGUCGUCCUCGGGGUCUGGAAACCACCCACCCAAGGAGACCUUUAAAAGAUCUCGAAAAAAAAGUGCUAAAAGGAUUAAGAAAAAACCGACACAAACCCCAAGCAUCCAUUAAGUCCAAGUGAAACCAGAAGGACAUCCCACAGUUCAUUUUUUUUUAAGUUAAAGAGAAAAUAAGGUAUUUUGUAAAGUGCAACAACAUACAGAGGCAAGGAACCCCCGACUCUUCUCUCUCCCCAAAAGGCAUUUCUUCCCCAAAAUUCCGAGUGAAUGAGUCAUCUGGAAUAUGCUGGACGUCAUUGUCUCUCCCAAGAUCUCUCACAUCGCGAGCAUGGCGCCGCAGUCUAGCAGUGUCGCGCCGCCCGUGUUCUGCAGCGACGAGAAGGCCACGUCUUGCAAAAUGUGCUCCAAGUGUGGCCCCAUUGCAUCUGCAACUAAGCCUGCAACAUCCAAUGCCACAGCUUCGUCUAGAGUCACAGUUCCCUUGACGACGAGAGGGAAUGGGCGGCCCGUAGAGGAGACGUACCGAGUGGGGCCAGUCCUUGGCAAGGGCGGCUUCGGAACAGUCUACUCCGGCUGGAGAGUGAGGGAUGGAGCCCCCGUCGCCAUCAAACAAGUUGCCAAAGCCAAAAUCACAGCAUGGGAAAUGGUGGGGGGUCGACGCGCCCCGAGAGAGGUGGCCCUGCUGUUGCGGGUGACCCACGUGCCCAACGUGGUCAAGCUCCUGGACUGGAUCGAGCGCGAUGACUCCUUCCUGCUGGUGUUCGAGCGGCCCGAGCCCUGCAAGGACCUCUUCGACUACAUCACGGAGCGCAAGGUCAUUCCGGAGGCGGAGGCGCGGUCGCUGUUCAAGCAGGUGGUGGACAUCGUGCGCGACUGCCACGCCGCCGGGGUCAUCCACCGGGACAUCAAGGACGAGAACCUGCUGGUGACGUACGACUCGAAGGGGCGGCCGGUGCUCAAGCUGAUCGACUUCGGGUCUGGCGCGCUGCUCUCCGACAAGACGUACACGGACUUCGACGGCACGCGCGUCUACUCGCCGCCCGAGUGGAUCCGCUACAACCAGUACGAGGGCGUGCCGGCCACCGUGUGGUCGCUGGGCAUCCUCCUCUACGACCUGGUGUGCGGCGACAUCCCGUUCGAGCACGACGAGCAGAUCGUGGCGGCGCGCGUGCACUUCCGCUCGGCGGUGAGCGAGGAGUGCCAGUACCUGGUGCGCUGGUGCCUGCGGGUGCGGCCCACGGAGCGGCCGUCGCUGGACAGCAUCCUGCAGCACCCGUGGCUGUCGCCCCCGCCGCCCCCGCGGAUCCGCCACCCCGACCAGGCGUCGCUCGACAAGUGCUCCACGUCGUCCCAGGAGUCGCUUUGAUGGCGGCCCCCGCUAGUGGUGCUGUAACCCGCACCUGCGCUCUCUCCCCCGCCCCCGCCCCCGCCCCCCGACGUGUCCUGACGGCGCCCCCUCCCGCCCCGCCCCGCGUGGGCGUGACGCGGGCGGCGGCAGCGGCCUCCUGCCCCUCGUGGCCGUUGAGGGCGCGCGGGGUCCCUCCCGCAUACCAAAGUGUGGGCUUGAGAAGCCCGCGUCUCAUCCUGGGGAUGUAAAAUGUAGGCGGCGCCGCUGUACAGUCACCUGCCGCCCACGGAGGUGUGUUGUUCCGGCCGGCGGUACUCAGGAUCUCCGGCCGUACGUAUGGUGCGGCCCGGCCCGGCCCGCCCUGGGCCGCAUCAUUUAUUUAUUGCCUGCAACCUCGCCAGGGGGCCUCCCCCUGCCCCUGACUCACUCGCUGUUGGCUCGCCCGCCCAGCGCCCCGCCGCGGCGUGGGCGUGCGGGCGGGGCGACAGGAGCUGCAGCGUGGUGGUGGCUGCAGUGUGGGCGGCGCCGCCCGCGCCCACGCGCCACCACGACCUCACUCUCGCAAUGCCAAACAAUGCAGUCUCGGCUUUCUUCUCACGAAUGAGCUUCAGGCUUGGAAACCAAAGGUUAUUAUGUUACAAGUCCAGACUUUUCCCUGUAAAAAUGUAAAGGACUUAAUUUAUUUUGGUGCUUGAACUAUCCAUAUGAGCUUGUACAUAUUGUAAAAAGUUCUCUCCCCGUGUACAGAUUUGAUCAUAAGCCAUUGCUCAAGUGUGUAAGUUCUGUAUGAUAUCAAAAAGUCAAGUUUAAUGAUGUGGAAAACGUAA